CAGUUAUUUCAAGGAAAGUUGGUGUGUUGCAUUGUUCCAUGAUCGUUUCAAAGAUUUGCGAGCGGAAAUACGCGAGAUUCUUUCCAACGUCAAGGUAAAUAUUAAAUGGUUGCUACGCUUGUUUUACUGAAAAGCAGAUUCUUACACUGUUGUUUUAUCCAUCUAUAGGGUCAUGAUUUAGAAAGUAUGAAAGACAAAGUGAAAAAGCUCAUUGACGAGGAUUUAGAGGUUUGUUAAAUAAUACCACGUCUGGAAGUCUUUUAUCUAAGAAUUCACUAAAGUACACACGUAAAUAUCUCACAACUUGUCAACAAGACGUGUUCGCAACAGGCUUGUAGCAAGCUUGUCAACAAGUUGUAACAAUACUGUUAUUUUAUCAAGUUGCUACAAGGUUGUCACUCACAACUUGUUGACAAACUGUUGAAUUGCAGGACGAUAACAAGUUGUUGGAACAACUUGUAACAAGUCUGUUGAGCUCAACAACCUUGUAGCAACAAGCCGUUGACAACUUGUCAACAAGCUGGGAACAAGCAGUGCGAACACAUCCUGUUGACAAGUUGUUGGAACAGCAUUGCUACAGGUCUGCUGCAGUUUGUUACAACUUGUGUUGUGCGUUUUUAUGUGUGGGGACGGAAACCUCGUCUGAAGAAAAUCGUCUAACUUUCCCGUUGUUCAUUUACCGAGUUUCUUUUCUUAAUUAAAUGCCCAUUUCCACUCAGGAAAAUUUUCCGCGGAAAGAAAGUUUUGUAAAAUGUGAUUGGCCGACACAAAUUUUCCGUCGGAAAAAAAUUUUGAAGUUUUAACAAUGAUAUUUUCAGAAAAUUUUCUGUCCGUCGACAUUUUUCUUGAGUGGAAAUCGUGUAAUCCAGAAGACUUUAACAUGUGUAUUUUCUAUGUUUAGUUAUCACCAGCAGACCGUGAUAGUUUACACAGCAGUUACAUGAAGUCACCAGCAAGAACGGAGAUUGAGAAAACGUUGUUAAACUUCCUUACGUACAACUCUGCUCACUUGCCAAUGUACGCCAAGCCCGAGAUGGUGUGAUGUGUCCUGUGGUGUCACGUAUCCUUGUAAAUUGUGUAAAAUAUAUGAAUUUAAUAUUUAUGUGAAUUUGUAAGAUUGGGAAAACCGCCGUGUUGAAAUAUAGUUCAGUUUUGGUCAAACUAUGGGGCUUUUGGUUACUUGGCUGAGACUUGUUGACACUAUCAAAGUUUCUGUGAUCACAGUAGGAAUUUUGCGUGGGUAAAUUCUAAGUUUUGAAGGAUUUGUAAGAAAUGUUUGAGGGAACUAGCUGAGUCAUUGUUUAACACGGAGUCAGUUUCCUUAAACAUUUCUUGCCUGAAACCUUCAAAACUAGGAAUUUACCAAUACAAAACUAAGAAUUUACCAAACUUUGAUAGUGUAAAUCUGAGCCUUUAGGUAAUACCCUCUGGGUAAUACCCAUUGAACUAUAAAUAAACUGGAAGGCUAACUCAGGGGGGGAAAUUGAAGCCAGUGCAUUUUAGUUUUUCUGAGUUAUGAGCAGAAAUACUCAACACUGAACGUUGGGCUAUAUAUCAAAUUGAAGCUAUUGAAAAACGCUAUUUGGUGAAGAAAUUUCAAGACUUUAGCUAAAAGGGAAAUAUUGAAAAACUACAAACAUAAUUACCGAUAAUUUGCCGUUUUGCAGUUGUUUUUGUAUUUUUUAAAGAUUUUUCUUUUCGCUGAAGUCUUGAAAUUUCCACACCGAAUAGCAAUUUUCAAUAGCUUCAAUUUGAUAUAUAGGCCGACGUUUGGGUUCAAGUAUUUCUGCUCAUAACUCAGAAAAACUAUUUUGGCUUCAUCAAAUCAUAGGCCUUCAUCAUAGCAGUUAGCCUUCCAGUUUAUUUAUAGUUCAAUGGUAAUACCUUCAUGUGGAAAUAAUUUUUGAGUACAGUUCAAAGAGUUCUUUCAAUCUGGACAAAUUUCAUAGAAUGGUUCUAUACAGUUUAAACAUAAAGAUUAACAAAGUGAAACUGUAAGAUUUACUCCAAGGCUGGAGUAAAUCUUACUGUGCGCAGGCUAUACUAUCAGCACGUCUCUGACUCACGUACGAUCAGCCUGGCAGAAAGCCAAACUCUCGUGACUAGCAGUGCGUACCGUAGUCUAUCAAGAUAUGAUGAUCUGGAACUGAACUGAAGAAAAGUCAGUGUGUAUUCGUCCUAUAGGGAUAGCUGAGAUGAAACGUGCAACGGAAGAAUAUUUAAUGAAGUUGAGACAAAGGAUUUGUGCAUGGUGAGGUAUAGUUCAACAUCAAACAAAGCUCUUCUAUUUUGUGGCUUUGAAGUUUUCCAAGCUUCGGAUUUAGCGCGCCAAUAGAAUUCGUCAUGCAAUUCUUCAGGUUUUCACUCGUUUCCAACCGUCCAACUGACGUUACAUCAUUUGAUCAAUUUCUAAAGUUGAUUCUUUUUGGAUUUAUUUUAUUAUUUUGGUUAGAGUUAGG